AUGCCGGGCAAAUUAAGGCCUAGAAGACGGACUGUUUACUUACCACCCACAGGGUACUCAGUACAUGAGUCAGGACAGCAUCUCGGCACAGGCAGCGACAACACAGCCGAGCCGCUGAUCCGCGUAACAGACGUGGCGGCGCCCGGGUCGGGGCACAUCCGCGUGCUGGAGCUCAACCGGCCGGCGGCGCGCAACGCCAUCUCGCGGGCGCUGCUGGCGUCGCUGCGCAGCGAGGUCGACGCCGUGCACGCCCAGUACGACGCGGCCACGGGCGACGAGGUCCCGACGGCCUCGUGGAACAAGCGCUUCGGCGGCGCCGCGGGAAUUGACGACAAGGGCCCCACGCGCGCCCUCGUCAUCGCCUCGGCCGUCGACACGUCCUUCUGCGCCGGCGCCGACCUCAAGGAGCGCAGGGGCUUUUCGCAAGACGAAACCGACGCGUUCCUCCUCAGUCUGCGCACGGCCUUCACGGCGCUAUCGACGCUGCCGAUCCCGACCAUCUCAGCCAUCUCGUCGAUCGCGCUCGGCGGGGGGCUCGAGCUCGCACUGGCGACACACUUCCGCGUGCUGACGUCCAACGCGGUCGUCGGGCUGCCCGAGACGCGGCUGGGCAUCAUCCCGGGGGCGGGCGGCACGUUCCGGCUGCCGGCGCUGGUGGGCGUGCCGCGGGCGCGCGACCUGGUGCUGACGGGCCGCCGCGUGUCGGCCGCCGAGGCCUACUUCAUCGGGCUGGCCGACCGGCUGGUCGAGGUGGCGCCCGACACGGACGCGCAGGCCGCCGAGUGGGACGCACUGGACGAGCCCGCGCGGAACAGGGAGAUGCUGGCCGCGGCCCGCCGCACCGCCCUGAGCGAGGCCGUGCGCCUCGCUGGCGAGAUCGCCGAGGGCGGGCCCCUCGCCGUGCGCGCUGCCCUGCGCGCUGUCCAAGAGCCCUGCGAGCGCGUCGAGAAUAGCAUGUACGACAGGGUCGUCAGGACGGAAGACCGCGACGAGGCCCUCAGGGCGUUUGCCGAGAAGCGCAAGCCCGUGUUCAAGGGCAGGUAG